AUGAACAUGCUUAGCCCUCGCGGCAAAACCUCUUCAGAUGGACAAGCCUCGGACAAGAAGGAACCGGCGGCAGACAAAAAGGGAGACAGAAAGAAGAAGCUUCUCCUCCUCGGGUCCUCAGUCAGCGAAAUCCCUCAAGCCGCCAAAGUGACCAACAGCCCAUCACCCGUCCGGCGGUUGAAGGUGAGCAAACAGAAGUACCCCACGCUCAACUGCCCGGUUUCGCUGUCGUUUGACGACGCCGCCGCUUCGGCCACCACCCCGACCGACAGCCCGCGAGGCAGCUGCGACAGCGACCACCACAACCAUCACGGCCACGCCCACACCCACGGCCACAACGCCAACGAAAAGGAGAACUUUGGCAGCAACGGCAGCACCAGCAGCAGCAACGAAGAGAGUGCGGGGGGAUCGACGCCAGGGCGCGACGAGGGACCGCUUGGCGGGCUCUUCGGCCGGCUGCGCUCGUUCUCGAUCGACCGGAGCGGCGCGGGCGACAUCACCCCGCGCAUGAAGAGCCCCAAGAAGAAGGAAAGCCCCAAGAAGAAGGAAAGCAAAGACAGCAGGGAUAUCGACGCCCAUCAGCACCACCACCAGCCGCAGCAGCAGCGCGAGGUGCGGAUCCAGUGCAAGGACAACUCCGACGCGCGGACGCCGUCGGCGCUCAGUUCGUCGUCGUCGCGCACGCUGGGGGUCAAGGGCGAGAGCGUCAGCAGCGACUUAUACGCCACGCUCGGGCGCGGCGGCCGGCGACGCAAGCAGCUGUCGCAGAUCCUCGAGGGACUCGACGUGGCCGGCAUGAGCCAGUGGGAUGAGACCGACGCGGCGUGGGAGCAGGGCGCGCGCACGCUAACCACCUUCCGGCGCCGCAACAAGAUCAACAACAACACCCACCACCACCGCCACGAGCCGCGGCCCACUACCGCCGGCGACAGCAGCGGUAGCGGUAGCGAAGGCGAGGGCGACAACAACAAGAAGGCGGCCAAGAAGCAGCGCAAGCGGGAGGAGCGGGAGAAGCGCAAGGAGAAGAAGGCCGAGGAGCGGGAGAAGAAGGCCACGCUGCGGCUCAUCCGCGGGCGCAAGCGCGGGCACACGCGGUCGGGCUCGGAGAUCAGCACGCGGUCGGCCAUCAGCAAAAAGCCCGAAUGGAAGGCCUCCCUCCCCGAGGAGAGCACGCUGGGUUCGCCGGUGUCGGGCCUGGCGACGCGGGCCAAGUCGGGCGUGGCAAUGGCCGACCUGUCGCCGCGAGGGGCGCAGCACAGGAAGACCGGCGACGACUGGUGGCGGGAGGAGCUCAGGAAGCGGGGCGGCGGCCACCAUACAACCACGGACCCGGGCGUCGCGGGCAACGCAGAGCAGUCGACAGCGAGCGGCGGCAGCGGCAACAGCGAGGAGCAAACGACGGAGACCGCGGUCGCAGAGAAUCUGCUGACGAGCGAGGAGCGGCGGUUGCGGGCGAAGGAGGUCGAGGAGUACAACAAGAAGCUGCUGGAGGACCAGAAGAAUCGACAGCACCGGGUGCUCGACCUGCUCACCGAGUGGGAGCACCAGAUCGUCGAGGGCGGCGAGGGCCAGGGCCAGGGCCAGGGCGAUGUCGUCAUCGGCCACGCCGAGGUGGUCGCGGGCGACAUCGCCGCGGCUGCCUCUGUCGUCGUCGUGGAGCCGUCGGGCCAGGGUCAAGUGGUCGACGCAAGCAGAGGCCUCGUGGGCGAGGGCGAGGGCCAGCCACCAGCGGCCGCCGUUCGAACAGAGCCGCCGCUUCUGUCGCCGCGCGCCGAAGCGAGCGCGAGCAACGACGCCCUCCAAACGACGGCUACGGUCGUCACCCUCCGGUCGCUGGCGGGCAAGCCCCAGCGGAGAGACGAAGCCGAAGGCGGCGUCGAGCCAGUCAUCGCACCGCCGGUCGAAGGCGAAGCGGCCGCUGCCGAGCCCCUCGCGCUGCAGGUCGCCUCGCCGCGCGUCGGCGUUGAGUCUUCGUCAACCGAUCGACAGCCGAACGAGGAUGAGGACGUGGUCGAAAUCGAGAUCACGCGACAGGACCCGGUGCCGACUGCCGACGGGAAGGGCACCCGCCUGGUCGAGACCAAGAAGAUGACGAUCCAGGUCAUCGUCAAGAAGAAGCGGGACGAGCCGAGCGGCGGCCAACCAACACAACAACAGCAGCCGAGCGUCGGCCUGCGCAAUUUCAACUCCGAAGAGGGCGCGGCCAGCGACGUGGACGAGGAGGACGACGAGCUCUUCUUCUCGCAGGACAACGAGGCCGUGCUGGUGCCCUUCGGCCGCUGCAGCAGCGCCGGCGACGGUGAGGAAGGCGAUGGCGGCCAGGCCAGCCGCGACGACGUUGGUGUUGACGACGACAGUUCCGGAGUGCCUCCCGAGGAGCAGCUGCGUAACGUGGAGCGCGAGCUGGAGGAGAAGAUGAAGGCCAUGGCCGCCCUGCGGCGCGAGGUCAAGCGACUCAAGGCCCGGCGCGAGGGCUUCAUCCGCGCUGCCCGACGGACCGGCGAGAUCGAGAGAAGGAGCAGCGAGUGUAUCGAUACAUAG